AUGGACACGAACGUGGUGCCCCUGGAGGGGGGCCAGCCCCUCCUGAUGGGUCUGAACGGCAUCGAGUUCAAGCGUCACCCCAAGGCCGUGAAAUCUAAAAAGGCUGUUCUUUUCUUUGAGGUGGAGAUCCUGGAUGCCAAGACCAGGGACAAGCUGUGCUUCCUGGAUAAGGUGGAGCCCAAUGCCACCGUCGCCGAGAUCAAGAACCUCUUCACCAAGUCCCAUCCCCAGUGGUACCCAGCCCGACAGUCCCUCCGCCUGGACCCCAAGGGGAAGUCCCUGAAGGAUGAGGACGUGCUACAGAACCUGCCGGUGGGCACCACGGCCACACUGUACUUCCGGGACCUGGGUGCGCAGAUCAGCUGGGUGACGGUCUUCCUCACCGAGUACGCUGGGCCCCUGCUUAUCUACCUGCUCUUCUACUUCCGAGUGCCCUUCAUCUACGGCCCCAAAUAUGACUUCACCUCCAGCAAGCACUCGGUCGUGCACCUGGCCUGCAUCUGCCACUCGUUCCACUACAUCAAGCGCCUGCUGGAGACCAUCUUUGUCCAUCGGUUCUCGCACGGGACGAUGCCCUUGCGCAACAUCUUCAAGAAUUGCACAUACUACUGGGGCUUUGCAGCCUGGAUGGCGUAUUACAUCAACCACCCGCUGUACACCCCGCCAACCUACGGAGACGAGCAGGUCAAGCUGGCGCUCAUUAUAUUCCUGUUCUGCCAGCUGGGGAACUUCUCCAUUCACAUCGCUCUGCGGAACCUGCGGCCGGCGGGCUCCAAGACUCGGAAGAUCCCAUACCCCACCAAGAACCCCUUCACGUGGCUCUUCCUGCUAGUGUCAUGUCCUAAUUAUACCUAUGAGGUGGGCUCCUGGAUCGGCUUCGCCAUCAUGACUCAGUGUCUCCCAGUGGCCCUGUUCUCUCUGGUCGGCUUCAUCCAAAUGACCAUCUGGGCGAAGGGGAAGCACCGCAGCUACCUGAAGGAGUUCCGGGACUACCCACCCCUGCGCUCGCCUAUCGUCCCCUUCCUGCUCUGAGCCGCGGGGGCUGCUGGGGCUUCGUGUAUCUGUGCAGUCCAGGGAGGAGCCCACCCCCCACAUCUGGCCAGCUGGCACAGGGCUCGGGGGAAGCUGCGCAAACUCACCCAACUCCUCACUGCUGGGUUUCUGCAGCUGCCCCUGUGCUCCCUUGGGGGGGGCCGCCCCCACCCCCCCAGGGAAGCCAACACCCAGCCCUGCUCAGGGCCGAUGCUCUCCUCCCGCUGCGCCAUGCACCCAGAUCUACAGCCCUGCCUAACUGGAAAUUAACCCAGGGAGAAGCUGGAGCUGCCUCUGGCUGGAUGCAGCCACUCGGAGCUGUG